AUGGCAGGUUUAAUGAAGAAGUAUGGCAUCAUCCAUAAAUUGGCCACGGCAUACCACCCACAAACGAAUGGCCAAGCCAAGGUCUCCAAUCGAGAAAUCAAGCGUAUAUUGGAAAAGAUUGUGAAGCCUCAUAGGAAGAAUUGGAGUUCUAAACUCGGUGAUGCGCUUUGGGCCUACCGAACGGCUUAUAAGACGCCAAUUGAUAUGAGCCCUUUCCGGUUGGUCUAUGAAAAGGCUUGCCAUCUUUUGGUCGAGAUAGAGCAUAAAGCGUAUUGGGCCGUAAAAGAAUGCAACACAGGUUUUGGGGUUGGAGUCGAAAGGAAGUUACAGUUGGUGGAGAUUGAGAACCUUCGAUUGGAAGCUUAUGAGAAUUCUAGGCUCUACAAAGAGAGAAUGAAAGCAGUGCAUGAUAGGAAUAUCAAAAGGAGAAAAUUUAGAGCUGGGGAGUUGGUCCUCCUUUAUAACUCUAGAUUGAAAUUGAUGCCCAAAAAGUUAAGAUCAAGGUGGAAAGGUCCUUAUAGAGUAGAGAAAGCAGAACCAUAUGGAGUCUACCACCUGCGCCACCCUUCAAGCCCCAACAUCUUCAAAGUUAAUGGUCAUCGUCUAAAGCUAUACCAUGGAGAAAAGAUGAAAAGCAACAAAGAGGUUGAGGUGUUCCUCCUUGAGGAUGCACCCGAAGGCGAAGAGAUUUGA